AUGGCUUUCCGCAGAAUAACAACCGUCUUCUUCAUAGUAAAGGUGAUUCAGUAUGGCCUGAUAUUCUUCAGUCCAUUGAGGGCUUUUGACACAUCGACAAGCCUUUUCAUUGAGCAAUUGGGUGCGAAGAAUGACUCCUUGAUCAAUAAACAGUUCUGGAACAAGUUAAUGGCAUGGGAUGGCGUUUUCUAUUUGAAAGCAAUGGUUACGGGUAAACAAGAGUUUGAGCAUGAAUAUGCGUUUUCCAUGGAAUGGCCAAGGUUUGUGCGUUGGCUAUGUCGUGGGAAUUUCGAACUUUACAACGUCUUAAAGAUCGCAGUUGCGUCAGAGUUGGCUCUAAAUUACAUUUCGACUUUAUUACUUUAUGGUUUAACUUUACAAACUUUUAAAAAGAACACACUGAGGACCCAUCAGCUUCGAGCCCUGGCGGAAAAGAGUGCUUUGAUCUUUGUCUUGUCAUCGGCCACAGGGUUCUCGACAGGUCCAUAUUCAGAGCCCUUGUCAACUGUACUGACAUUUCUAGGUAUACUGGCACGUGAACUCAGUAUCAAGACAGACGCUUUGGGCAGAUUCGAAUGCAUGUGGACCAGAUUACCGCUGUACUCGAUUGUGUCAUGCGUCGCCUUUUCGCUUGCCUCUAUCAAUCGGUCAAAUUGCGUACUAUUGGGACUUUAUUACAUCUGGGACCUUCUUUGGUUGGCAAAAUCUGGUAAAUACGCUAAGACACUGAUGUUUCCACUCGUCAGCGGGUUUUCUAUGCUAGGGGCUUAUCUCUAUCACCGUAGCUAUGUUCCUUUUCAAGAUUUCUGUCCCCAGCGAGGUGAAUACUGUUUCUCUCUAGGGGCCAAAUUGCCCAUUCCAAUGAUUAAUUUUUACUCAUUUAUCCAAAGCCGCUACUGGAACAAUGGCUUUUUGAAGUAUUGGACGCUGGCCAACAUCCCCAAUUUUUUGAUUGCACUUCCAAACGUGGUGGUUCUUUGGUACUCGACAAUUUACUUCUCACAUCAAUAUCCGUGCCGAAAUCUGAAACCUCUCAUCAUGAUAACUUGGGCAUUUCUGGCCGGAGUGAUCUUUUUCGCUCACGUCCAGAUAGUUAAUCGGAUUGGAAACUUUUUACCCCUUCAUGUGUGGUAUUUGGCAGAUAGAAUGAACAAGUCGAAAAAGGAGAGUGUCAAAGUCAAUGGGGAUGAUAUGCUCGUCAAGUUUUAUUUUCUAUGGCUCAUAUUUUGGGUGCCAUUACAAACCAUCUUGUUCGCAACGUUUCUUCCACCUGCUUGA